AUGAACAGCAACAAUGUGCCCCAUGCCAGAUUUGUUCUCAAAGCAGAUGACGACAUGUACAUCAACAUUCCAAAUCUUUUGGCUUAUCUUAACUCAAGUGCUCAAGACUUACAAAACAAAAUCACGGGAUCCUGCUCUAAAAGUGCAAGACCAAUCAGAAAUUCAAAAUCAAAAUGGUACGCAUCAGAACGCUCCUACAAAGAAAAACAAUAUCCAGGAUUUUCCGGUACAGCGUAUGCAACAAGUAUGAACGUUGUAAAGAAAAUUUAUAAUAUUUCAUGUACUGUAACCAUUUUUUCACCCAUCGAGGAUAUAUACGUUUCUCUUUGUUUACGUUUGAUAGGGGGAAGCGUGUUACACAAACCUGGUUUUCAUAUUGAAAGACCAAAAUUAGACGCAUGUCUAUAUAAAGGAAAUAAAUUAUUCACUGCACAUUCAAUGACACCAGAUAUGAUUAGAAAUAUCUGGAAAGCUGAAUGCAAAAAAUAAUAAUUACAUGUAUAACAACAAUAAAUGUAAUCAAUGGUCGUGGUGCAUUGAUUAAGUUUCAAGAUCUAACCAUUUUGUGUACACCGAACUGCGACCGUUCAUGAAUUAACAUAAACAUGGCUGUUGGAUAUGUUUCCAAUUCAUUAAACAUCAAUUUAAUGUAUGCAUCUCUGAACGGUAUAAGCUGUCAAAUAAUAAAAUUGGCCUUAUUCAUAAGAUUUUGAAAAAAGAUGAUGUUAUAUCCUUUAGAUAUUUUUCAUCUUUUCGUGCAUUUUUGUGCUUAGGUUUGUUUGCCAAUUUUUUUUAUUUUUUUUGUGGAUUUCUUUUCUUUCUUUUUUUUCUUUUCUUUUUUGCACUGAUACUUUAUGGUAUUGCUAGCCAUAUAUGUUCAAAAUUUUUCCUUCCUAUGUUUUACCUGUAAAUGAUUGCUUGAUCUUUUUUAGUACAAAAAUUAAGAUUUUUCACUUUAAAUGAAACAAAAUAUAAUCUGUAAAAUGUGUUAUGUGCAGCCUAACUCUCAUUGUUAUAAACUUCUUAUAUUUUUAUGUCACAUUUCUAUGAAUUUAUAUUAAUAACAAUAUAUAUAUUCUAUUGUAUGCAUUAAAGACGGUCACAGUAACUACAUAGUACUAAUACAGAAAAAAAACUGAAGUGAAUUCAUAUUUUUUUCAUUUGAUAUAAACACUUGGUUCAUACGACAGUUUUAUAACAAGAAUAUUCAUAAUUGAAAAUGUUUCAUCAAAGAAUUGUAAAAACAUGCAUAAAUAUAAAAUCAAUUGAUAAAAUAUGCUGGUUUAACGUUUUAUUAAAAUGUUAUGACGAUUAUGCACCUUUUAUACACGUACAGUUUACAGAAAAGAAAAAAAAGACCCCCUCGCAAUAAAAUUUAUAAAAAUAUCUUUUGUAAAACAAUGUGACAAUACAGUUUUAGUUUUGAAAUUAUACAAUAUCUGUUACAAAAGAUCUUAAAUUUUUUUCAAUUCUAUAGUCAAAAAUAUUGAUUCAAGUUGAAUAUUUGAUUUAAAAGAUUGAAGGUAUUUGCUUUAUAAA